UACAAGAAUUGUGAAGAAAGUUUCGCUCGGACGUUGUCGUCGCCGCUGUUUUGCAAAAUUACGCAUUUGCACGCCUCGAUCUCCGGUCCCGAUCGACACGCACGGACGGAGCGAUGGGCCGAAUCGACCGGGUCUCCGGGGCAUGGCGGCGGCUAACCUCCCCUCGCCGACGCCGACGACGGACGCGCACGACCGUCGCGCGCAACGCCGUGACUCGUGAGCCGACGGUUUGGAUUUUUCGCGCUUAAAUCGUCCGUCCCCGAGACCGUCGCGUGCGAGGGGCCGCCGCGAAACCUGCGAUGUCUCGCCUGCCGUAGACGGCUCGCAACAUGUUCGUGACGAGUCUGGAGAAGGAUUUCUACGACGCGAUACAAAGAAGCAGAUGUUUACUGCUAGUGAAUUUUGAUGUUGAUGCAAUCUGUGCCUGUAGGAUAUUACAACAGCUUUUUAAAAAUGAUCAUAUGAUAUAUACUCUCGUACCUGUUCGAGGUAUUCAAGAUAUCGUAAACGCUUUUGACGAAAAUUGUGAGGAGAUAAAGAAUGUUGUUAUGAUAAACUGCGGCGGUACUCUAGACUUAGUGGAGUUGCUCCAACCAGACGAAUCCGUGGUGUUUUAUAUUCUUGAUAGUCACCGGCCUUACGAUUUAUGCAAUAUAUAUUCAGAAAGUCAAAUACGUAUUCUUGGUAAACCAGAUGAAGAUGCUCAGAUUCCAGAAUAUAAUGAUAUAUUCCGAGAUGAUAGUUCAGAUGAAGAGGACGCGAGUGGAGAAUCUGAUAAUGAGAACGAAGGCAGGCAAAGUAAACGGCGUAGAUUGAACGAAGAAGACGUAUUGAAGCGAAGCGAACGAAGAAAAUGGGUUGAAAACAGGGCAACAAUUCUUUUCAAUUAUUCACAAUAUAGCUACUAUGGCAAAUCGAGCGCGAUAGCGGUGUUUGAGAUGGCAUGGAAUAUGUCAAAGGACGAUUUAGAUAUGGCAUGGUGGGCCAUAGUAGGUUCCACAGAGCAGUCUAUUCUUAACAAGAUUGAGUCACGAAUAUCCGUUCUUGAAGAAGGUUCUCUUCAGGCACAUGUCUCGAGAUUAACACAUAGACAAGGUGUUGAUAUCGACAAUCAACAACAGCAGCAAAGUAUUGUUAAAGUUACAUAUGAUAAAGAUCUCCAGUUAGCAUUAUAUCGUCACUGGACUGUUGAAGCCAGUUUGAAGUAUUCGAUGUCAACUGCAGUAUCGUUACGUCUAUGGUCCAUUAGAGGAGAGCAACGUUUGAAGGAAAUUUUAGCAGAGAUGGGUUUACCUCUGGUGCAAUCCCGACAGUUGUUUCGUGCAAUGGAUCUUACCUUUAGACAAGAAUUUCGGCAGAUGGUUGAGAAAUUAGCUGGCAAAUAUAAUGUUAAUAGUAUCAUUGGUACUAGUUUUACCCUCCAAUAUGGUUAUCGUUUUAAAUAUUGUUCAUCAGACAUGGUUUAUGCCAUGUUAGCUUUAUUGGAUUCUACGACAAAGGACAGACAACCACAACGUUGUUUCUUAGACGCGUUGGACUGUUUGUCGCGUACAAAGAAGGAUAUUUUAGAAAGUGGCAUUGAAAAGGCAAAGCUUAUGCUCCACAAUAUCUUCAAAACUGCACAGAAUGUAUUAGAAGCUAAACAAGUAAAAAAUUUCGGUUCCUUUUUGUAUCUUAAUGUACCGGAUGGGAAUAUAGAUAAUUAUUUAUUUGCACAUCCUCAUCCACUGAUCAUGCUGGCUCAAUUUGCCCUCAAAGCUUAUGUAAAUUCUUCGAGAAACAGACGCGCUUCUGAGUGGCCUCUCGUGGCCUCCGCAAUAUUUAAUGCAGAAGAAGGGUCGUGUCUUCUUGUUGGCAUACCACCAGUUUGCGAGGAUCAACCUAGAAGUUUAUUUGGGAAAGCAUUUGAGCAAGCUGCAAAAAAUAAAAAUUGUUACAUCGAGGCAGAUUAUUUUGACAGUACAAUAAUAAGACUGAAAAUUGAGGAAAGACCCAAGUUUCUUGACGCUUUGGCAGCACUACUUGCAUGAUAAUCAUCACAGAUGUAUAAUUAUCAGAGAUGGACAAUAUGACAAUUACUUUAAUCAAAUUUUUAACUUACAGGACUAUUAACAACUCGAAGCACUUUAUUGCUCAUGACGUAUGGUGCCUUUUUUAAACGCAAAUUUAUUGUACAUUUUUAACCAGCGACGGUAGCUUUAUAAUUGUAAAAUAUUUAAUAUAUGAAUUAGGACUGAUGUGUGAAUCAAUAACAUUGAGUGUAAUGCGUGUUGUAUAAAAGAUGCUAGGAUACAACAUUUAGUGAUAAGUGAAAGAUUCCAAUAAUAUUUGCAUUAGUAAUUUAAGAAACACGAUAAAUUAAAUACUUUUAUAAAAAAGAAUUUGAUAGAGAAACUGAAAAAAACCAGAAUACGAAUAAAGUCUUGCUAUAUCGGACAAUU